UCACCAACGCUUUUGAUUCUUCAGUUUUGAUGCUUAACCCAAUCAUGGAGGAAGCUAUUGACUUUAGACAGAAGAUGUCGCAAACUGAUCUUCCCUUAGCUCUUUUGGGUAGCAGUGAUGAAAAUAAGGUUAUCAAGCAAGUAGUUGAUGACUGGAAUGAGGUUGACAUUAAGUGUAUUUCUGAGAUAUAUCUUGCUGUUGAGGCUGAGAGCUGCAAAAUCGUCUGUACAAUAGAAGCCAUAGACACGGAUUGGGGUUGGUUCUAUUUUGGAUGUAACAGGCACAAUCGACGUACGACCAGAGUUGGUAGGAAGGGCGGUGGUAAGAUGGUUGAAUCUGAGAAGCCAGUAUUCUAUUGUGAUGUGUGUCGUGCAAACACAACUGAUGUCUCACCCAAGUAAUCACCCAAGAUUAUUAUAUUAUUUUCUCAUUGUUUAUCAGCCGUGACUUACUUGAAAAUUACUAACAUUCAAUAUAAUGGUUUGACAUUUCCUAAACCUGCAGGUAUAAGCUUCAUCUGUUUGUGAAAGAUGACACAGGGUCAUGCCAGUUAAUGUUACUUGACACUGUAGCUAAAACUAUUAUUGGUGAAAAAGCUGACACACUUUGGGAUGGGUCAUAUGCUGAGGUAACAAAUGUUUAUUGGAGAUAUUUAUUUUAUUACUUUAAGUAUAAUUUUGAUAGUAAUUUUGAGAUUUACAGAUCGAAGACCCAAAUAUUCUGCCUAUUCCAAUCAAAAACUGUGUUGGAAAAUCCUUUUGUUUUGGUAUUUCCAUCGCAAAUGAUAAUGUAGCCAACGGUUCUGAUACCUUUAAGGUCUCUGAGGUCUGGUCUGGAGAUCACAUUCAUAGAAUAGAAUCACUUUCAGAACCAGUAUCUCUGAUUGAGACCAAUUCAUCUACACUCUCAACCGGCGAGGUCUGGAGAUUGUUAUUACCCAUCCUAACUAUUAUUUAUAUAUGCAUCUUGGUAUCCUAAUAAUUUUUAUUAUUAUUAGGUGCGUUUGAUUGAUUAUAACAUAGAGAGUUCAUCAGAUGUUUCAACACCUUUCUCCAAGCGUAAGGAAGGAGAUGCUGAGCUUAGUGACAUGAAUUCUACAUCUAAGAAGCUUCGUGCUCAGAGCAUCAAGGUGGAGAAGAUUAAGGAAGAUUAGUUAUGUGAGGACUACCUUACAUAUGGCCAGUUGUUUGUUUUGGUUUUUUCAUGCUUUUGUUUUGAAUUUCCCAGUUAUUUCCGCAUAUCAUUUUGUUUUUAUUAUUUAUCUUAUUACAACUAUUUUGGUUCAAUCAACUUUGUUUUUUAUGACUUAUGAUGUCAAAUUGUCCUUACUAUAUUUACCUAACCAGAAACUUAGCAUGUAACACUCUAUAUCUUAUUGUACACUACGAUAACUACACAACCAAAAGUUUAUUCGAAAAUACCUGUUUAUGCCGUUAGUAAAACAAUGCUGUCUAUGUAACAACAUCCCUUCUCUCGGACUUGCAACUUCCAUUCCAAGUGAUCCUAUAGAAAUCAUUU